AUCUAUAGGGAGGAUCAAUGGGCCAAAAAAAAGAUAUAUACACAAAAAGCGUGACACUUGACAUUGUCAUUGAAAAAGCCGCAUGAAAACAAAACCGAUUUAUUUUGGUCGCGAACAUUUGAAUGUAAAUUAGAUUCGGGUAAACAACUGUUGUUAAAAUGGAAUUGGAUCGUGGAAGGUAUGAUAUGGUGUGUGAACAGCUGAAACAUUGUUUGCUCCCAGAGCUUGACCGUGAUAUUGGCGAUGAACCAUUGGUGAAAGAGGAUUUCGGAAUUUUUCGAUAUGGUCUUGAAAUGAAUCUACAGCUUUUAUUCGAUGUCAUCGCAAAGAAAGAACGAAUUCUACUCGAACCAUUCAAGGAGGACAACACAUUCCGCAUUCAUUUUGUGUUGUUUUUACAACAACAGUCUGGCUAUGAUGAAGCACCAUUUCAGACAGACAACGAAUCGAUUUCGAAACAAAUCCGAUUCUUGACCGAUAAAUACUACAAGAAAGUCGCAUCAGAGCCAACCAUUCGGAAUGAAUGCUUGAAGUAUUACAAAGAAAAAUUAACAGCGAACAAAUGGAAACGAAACAUCGGAGCGGUCUACGGCUUUCUUCAAAUGGUUAAGUUGCAUCAACGAUUGAUCCAAACCAAAUUCACUUCGGACGAUUGUUUGUUCAUGCUAUCGGUUGGAAUGCACCUGGUGGAAUAUUUUGAGCCGGUCUACAAGAAAUUCGGAAUCAUCAUAUUCAACAUUUUAUUGGAAUACGGGAACUCUUCUGACUUACAGAAAUUGAACCUAUAUCAAGUGAUAUCGAAAAAGUUGAUGCAGCCGCUAAUUCAGAACAUGACCGACGAGGAAGGUACUGUGUUAGUGUUGAGCUGUGUGUACAAAUGUAUCGAGUCGUUUGAAGGAUGGCGCGAUCCAUCCAUGUGGAAUGAAGUGGAUGACGUUCUGGAAAUAAUCAUGGAUCGAAUUCCAAUCGAAACGGAUAAUCGUUGUACUGCUAUCCUCUUUAUGUUUGUAUGCAGUGUCACGACAUUACCAAUGGAAAAACCACGAAUCUUCAGUAGCCUCACAGAUAUUGAGCAUUUGGAUCAAGUCAUUGCUACGUGCGUAAAACCAGCUGGAGAAAAACUGGAAAUAUUCAGUCAGUUGAGAGACAUUUUCAGUUCACAUCAUAAUCUUCUGAUUGGUCGUUGGUCAAAACGACUCCUAAGAAUGUUCAAAGAUCGAGACGUAAUCGGAAAAGCAGAGGAAAUUCGAUUCAUGCUAUUCAUUAUGCAUAUUGUUUACAUAUGCGCGUUCUACGGCAGUCCAUGGUUCAUGGGAAUGAAAUGGCAAGAAUCACUUCAUGAACUCAUCAGUAACUUCAUGAAAUUGGUCGCACAUAACGUCUAUCGUGAUGUGUUCAUGGAUGAAAUUUACGCAUUUUUGGACACGAUUAAGCUUCAUUUGGAAACGGCAGAAAGAACAGUGGAUGCCUUCCAAGAGGCGGAUGAAGAACACGUCACCAAUUUGAUAAAAUCCAUUCACGAUCUCAUUCCGGAACUGAAAAAGUUCUGUAUCAGUGCAAAGGAAGCCGAUGAAAAGGAACGACAAUCCCGAAAGUCAGAAUUCGCAUCCGAUAGACCAGAAUUACCCGAAGACAAAUGGAAUUUAGACAGCGAUGACUGAAAAUUGAAUCAAUGCAAAAAUACUGUGUUUCCAAAGUGAAAUGUAAAACUCACGACAUUUUUAUUUGGCAUAUGAAAUAAACGUUUAUUUACGCAUAACA